AUGUUAGGGAAUACAGAGAACUUGAAGAAUUUAAUGCCCACGGAGAGAAAGUCCACGUGGAGGACUGCAGAGGAGAGGCGAAUGUCUGACCUCACACGGGUGCUGGAGUGGCUGGAGCGGAGGCGGGGGAAGAAGGGGCAAGCUUAUCAGAAGGAAAAAAACAAGGAGGUGGAAGUCCCUAAAGCAAAUGAGAAAGAACAAAAGAAAGGCAAAAACAUCCUGAAGCGUCGUCGGGGAGAGCAGGCGAAAGUCCCCGGGCAGAUCUCAGGGCAAAGCUCCAAGAAGGACAAGGAUCCUGUCAUGUAUCGAAAGCUCUAUGGGGUGGAGCAAAAGGGAAGACGUCUCAGCAUGGUCCCUGGCAACUAUGCAAGGGAUGGCACCAAGAAAUCUGAGUUAGACAUCAAGGAUGCAAUUGCCCUAGAGUCCACUCAGAGGCCAAACCCAUUCCUUCGACAAAGCAGUGUCUUAGAUACCAUGCUACAGGAGAGCAUCUUCGGCAACCGGAGGCCUACCUUCAUGAGAGACUGGGGGCACAAGGCAUCAGACAGCAAUUAUGAACGCAAGCUAAAGAGCCUCAUGGAGAAGGGCACCGAUCCCAAGAUGGAGACUAUAAAAAUGCUGAAGCCCGAGGAGGUGCUGAGCUGCAGAUACCUGCGGUUAUCCAAGAACAACAUUCGGACCUUGCUCAAGCUGUGCAAGGAUGCAGGAAUGAAUGUGUACAUCCAUCCCCACAUGGUUGAAGCGGAGAUAGAUGCUAAAAAGGUGUUCUCCCAAAUCCACAGUGUGGCCCUCUAA